UCAUCUGAAGACAAUUGCUCCCAAAAGGAAAGACACAGAGGACUGGAAAACCCAAGCAUUCUGCCUCUGUCCCCCACUAACAAACAUAGACCUGCCCGAUAGCAGUCAGGGCUACAGCGACGGCUCCCUGCCUUCCAAGCAGCCUGGCUCCAUGGAGGAGCAGGAAGACAACUUUGUGCUUUCCCUCGGAGCCAACACCAGCAAGUGCAGCCCUGAGACUAACCAAACACGGGCUCCAACAUGCUGGUCAGGAGCAACCAGGGGUGGCCCAGAGGUGGUGAUUGUACCGGUGCUUUUUGGCUUGAUUUUCCUCCUGGGAAUGGUGGGAAACACAUUGGUGUUGGUUGUUUUGGGGCGCCUCCGGCCUGGGGGACGCCCAUCACGCAGUGCUACCAAUAUCUUCAUCCUGAACUUGAGCGUUGCAGACUUCUCCUUUCUGCUCUUCUGCGUUCCCUUCCAGGCCACCAUCUACUCCCUGCCAGAGUGGAUCUUUGGUGCCUUCUUUUGCAAAUGGGUUCACUACUUGGCCAUGGCAACAAUGCUGGUCAGCAUCUUUACUCUGGUGGCUAUGUCUGUGGACAGAUACAUUGCUGUGGUCCAUGCCAAGCGUUCAUCCUGCAUCCGCAGCAAGCGCAACGCUGCCCUCGGCGUAGGUGUCAUUUGGCUGCUGUCUCUACUCAUUGCCAUCCCUGUAGCCCAGCACCAGGCCCUCAUGAGUGGUCAUCAGCAAGCACCCAACAGCUCCUUCUGCUGGGAGCACUGGGCAGAUGGUUCAACAGCCAAGCAGAUGUACAAGAUUACCAUCCUGCUGGUGGGAUACCUCCUGCCCCUGGUGCUCAUCACCUGCUGCUAUGCCAAGGUUUUAUACCAUCUCCAUACGAAAGUAAAGAACAUCUCCAAGAAGUCAGAGAGAUCAAAGAAGAAGACAGCGCAGACAGUGCUUCUCGUGGUUGCUGUGUUCCUGCUCUCCUGGCUGCCACACCACGUCAUCACGAUGUGGGCAGAGUUUGGGCAGUUUCCCCUGAACAACAUCUCCUUCACGUUCCGCAUCAUCUCUCACUGCUUAGCCUACGGGAACUCUUGCAUCAACCCCAUCAUUUACGCUUUCCUCUCGGAAAACUUCCGCAAGGCCUGCCGGCAAGUCUUUACCUGCAAGUUCUUCCUGCGGCCAGUUCCCACUGAGAAACUGGUCAGAAUACGCAUGGAGAACUUCUCUACCACACACUCGACCACCAACAUGUAAAUUGGGCUCAUAAAUACAUUUCAGGAGAAAGAGGAGGGGAAAGGGUGCUGUCUGGGUAGAACAGCUAUACAAGUGCAUUUCAGGGAGAGGCACAGCCUGCAAAAAUGUGGACUUUGUCAGAUUACCAGAGUGGUAGGAGGCAUUUUUCCAUCUGGCUGUUAGGACACUUGACAUAGCUUGGCCUAGGGUACCUUCCUAGGCACUGGGCUGCAUGCAACAGAAGUACCUGAAUGUCCUUGUAGUGCCCGUAAGAUAGAACUCGUAUGCAGUUGUAGUUAUGUCCAUAAAAUCUAAAACUAAGAGUUACACAGAAGGUAGAACAUGAACAGCCAAGAAAAGAGCAGUUAUUUAUGUGUGUAGACGGUCAUUAGGAUGUAAGCAAUGAGUGAUGUGACAUUUAGAGAGUAUUGAAAAGCAGUUUGGGAAAACUCAAACUAAAAAGUCUUUGAAUAUGUCUUUGUUUCUUAAACACGUUUGACCACGUGGGAGAGACAUCUAUUUUUAGCUCGCUAGCUGUAAUAAAGUCUCUAAAUCUCCUUGAAGGCUUUGCUAUAGUAUUUACCUAUUGGGUAGCAAAACCUUUCACGUGACACGUCAGUGAUGUGGAUGUCUGCAUUUGGUGGCUCUGUAUCAGUUUAUAUGUCCCAGGGUGUGAAUGUCUGUGUGCUCCUGAAUGUAAUUACUGCUGUUAAUCACUGGCUCCAGUAACUGUCUCUUUGUGAGCAACAGUACGAAAAUUGUAUUUCUCAAUAUAUGUUUAAAAAAA